CGCGAUGUACACUAAUUUCAUGCAAUCAAGAGACACCAACACAUUUUUAAUGACUAUUAUAUCCCUGACAAUAUUCACUCUUAUAAUAUUGUAGAGAUAUAUAUAAAAGCUAAUCUAAGUAAAAAAAAAACUAUAAAUCAUUUUGGGUAAAUGAGGUAACACAGUCCCAUAGCGUUUUGGCCCAUUUCGGAAUCCCGGAUCACGUUCCCACAAUCACCGCCGUUAAAAUGCGACGUUCUCCGUGCACCGACAGUAACUUUCCUAACCUCUUUUUGGGAUCGGCUACUCCGAGCCUCAGGUUUGGUUGGAGUCACACCUUUACCACUCGGUCUUCCUCACUCGGGCAAGUCACCCACCAACGAGAGAGGCACCAAAACCAGUCGUCCAAAACCAAGACCAAAUUUUUACUCUCCGAUGGCCGAUCACUCCGGCGAGUACGAAUCUGUUCAAACUCCACUCGUCAACGAUUCUUCAUCGGAUUCAGAUAACGAGACGGACAAGAAGUCCAAAGUCGACGCCGUCAAGGCCAAGAUCUAUCGUCUUUUCGGCCGUGAGAAGCCAGUUCACAAUGUGCUAGGCGGUGGAAAACCUGCUGAUAUUUUUCUCUGGAGGAACAAGAAAGUCACUGCAGGUGUGCUUGGCUUUGCUACUGCAAUUUGGGUGUUCUUUGAAUUGCUGGAGUACCACUUGCUUACACUAGUAUGCCAUGUAUUGAUUCUUGCUCUCGCGAUCUCUUUCUUGCUGUCAAAUGCAUCAACCUUUUUAAAGAAGUCACCACUUCAUAUCCCAGAAGUCGUUAUUCCUGAGGAUAUUGUUGUUUCUGUAGCAUCUGCACUAAGGACUGAAAUUAAUGGUGCUUUGGACAACCUUCGAGAUAUUGCAUCCGGAAAAGACUCGAAAAAGUUUCUUGGCGUUAUUGUUGGCCUGUGGAUUCUCUCAAUCUUAGGGAGCCAAUGCAACUUCCUUACCUUGUUUUACAUCAGUUUUGUGUUGCUCCACACUGUACCUGUGCUGUACGAGAAGUAUGAGGAUCAGAUUGAAGCCUUUGCUGAGAAGGCUGGUGUUGAAAUAAAAAAGCAAUAUGUCGUAUUUGAUGCUAAGGUUCUCAGCAAAAUUCCCAAAGGCCCCCUGAAGGGAAAAAAAUUGGCUUAGUUACUUAGAUGCGUGACUCUCUUGUUCGAGUAUUGUGUUUUUAACUAUAACAUGUUUUGUGGAAAUUGUUCUUCCAUUUAUUGGAUUUGUUUUGUGACAAAUGAUGUACAAGUAUAACAGUUCCGAAUCCCAUAUGAUGUUAUAGGUACUUAUGACUUUAAGAUUUCCUCCUGAACAUGGUUCUGGGCCCUAAUUGAUACGAAGUACUUCUUUCCAAGAGAAACUAAAUGUCA